GCAGCGGCGCCGGGGCGCGGAUCCCAGCGGCGGGCGCAGCCCUCCGGCACGGCCCCGGGCCCAUCCCGGGAGCCGCCGCUAGGUGGGGGGGGGAGCCCGGCCCCGGCCGCCCCGGCCGCACAACAAUGACUUUGGGCAGCAGCGGCGGCGGCGGCUGCGGGAUCAUGUCCGAGCGCUCCCCGGAGGAAGAGCCGCUCUCCGAGGUGGAGGACGCGGAUAUCGACGUGGUGGGCCCGCCCCAGGAUGGGGGCAAGUACAGCGAGGAGGAGGAGGACGAGGACGAGGAGGAGGAGGACGAGGAGGACGGCGGCGAUCCGCUGGGGCUGGCGCUGCCGCGGAGCGGGGCCGCCAAGGCGCGCAUGGGGGGGUCCCCGGAGCGGCUGUCCCCCGGCGGCGGCUCGGAGCCCGCCUGCGCCCGCGGCGCCGCGCCCGGAGAGAAGGCGCCCGCGGGCGGCGGCGGCGGCGCGGGGGGGAAGAACCCGCUGGUGAAGCCGCCCUACUCCUACAUCGCCCUCAUCACCAUGGCCAUCCUACAGAGCCCCAAGAAGCGGCUGACGCUGAGCGAGAUCUGCGAGUUCAUCAGCGGGCGCUUCCCGUACUACCGGGAGAAGUUCCCCGCCUGGCAGAACAGCAUCCGCCACAACCUCUCCCUCAACGACUGCUUCGUCAAGAUUCCCCGGGAGCCCGGCAACCCGGGCAAGGGCAACUACUGGACGCUGGACCCCGAGUCCGCCGACAUGUUCGACAACGGGAGCUUCCUGCGCCGGAGGAAGCGCUUCAAGCGGCAGCAGCAGCUGCACCCGCCGCACCCCGAGCUGCUGCUGCGGGCCGGGGCCGCCGACCCCGCCGCCUUCCUGCCCGGCUUCGCCUACGGACCCUACGGCUACAACUACGGCCUGCAGCUGCAGGUACCCCCACCACCACCACCACCAUCCCGGCGGCGGAGGCGGCGGGCCGCGGGCGCCUUCCCCUUCCCGGCGCCGCACUGCCCGUUACCGGCUCCGCCGCCUCCCGCCGCAGCCUCCGUCUUCUCCGCCGCCUCGGGGCUGCCCUCCUUCCUGGGCGGCGAGCUGAACUGCAGGAAGUCCUUCUACCACCCCCAGCUGAGCCCCACCGCCCUGCCCGCCGCCCUCCUCCAGACCCUCAAGCCGGACCCCUCGCCCGCCGGCGGCGGCGGCGGCAGCGGCGGCACCAACCACCCCUCCCGGCCCUCUUUUUCCAUAGACAACAUCAUCGGGGGGGCCGUGCCCCCGCCGCCCAGCACCAACCCCAGCGUCGCGCCCGCCGCGCCCUACCCCGCCGGCCAGGCGGGCCCCCCGGCGCAGGUCCUGGCCGUGCUCAGCCCCGCCUUGGCCCCGGCACAGCCCCAGGUCAGCCUGGCACACGAGCCGCUCCUCCAGCCGGCCCAGAACUUUUCCAGUAAAAUCACAACCCUCAGCAGCUGUCAUUUUUAAAGUGUGCUGGGGACUGGGUAAGGGGAGGGGGAUGGGGGGGAGAGUCGCGAAGCAAACGGCCCCUUUCCAGCUCUCCCCCACUCCUCCGAAACUGCUCCCCUUCCCUCUCCCCGUGUCUCCCCCCCCAUCUCCUCCUGUUGUGUUUUAAGGUAGGAAAUAUUUCCUUUUUUUUUUUUUUUUUUUUUUUUUUUUAAUUUUUACUUAAUUUCCAGCCUCAGUGGCAUCCAGAUUUGUUUGUCUCCCUUUGCUCGGGAAAAAAAAAAAAAAAAACAAUAAAUCGGGAGGGCGGGAGGAGGGAAAGAAUAACACGAUUUGGUCCUACAAGCGCCAAAGCGUAUUUAUAAAGUGGCCGUAACAUAAGCUGGGACCUGGGCUGGUUGAACACGCAACGUCUUGUGAGGGGCGGAGGGGGGGCAUGUGAAGAACGAAACGGUCUUAGGGUCGGAAAUGUUUCCUUUGAGAGGUGCGGGUUUUCCGCGGGGGUCCCCCCAGAUCGCCUGGGAAAGCGGCCAGGGGAGUCGCGGACGGCCCCGGUAGCAGCGAGCCGGUUUCGUUCCUGCAAGUCUCUGUGCCGGGUGGCUUUGCCGUGUGUGUCUGUCUCUCCCCUGCUCUCAAAGAAAAUGUUUUAAUGGUCCGAUCUUAUUUUUAGUUUCUUUGAAGCUUCGGGCUUGGUUUUAAAAGGCACUGUUUAAGGUUUCUUUGUUUUUAAGAAGAAGAAAAGUCGGUGAAACUCAGG